CCACUGGAGAGUCAAGAAAAAGAAAAACGAAAUCAAUUAUCAACCACCGUGCACAUACCACUAACACGGGCUUUGGAAAAGUAGACGGCGAGAGAAUGGGUGUGCUACUCUUCCGGUGGGUUCUACCGGUGACUCUGUUGCUAACUUGUGCUCUAGGUUUUCAAUCCGACGAGCUUCUCCUAGACGACGAAGAGUUCGGCAUCGAAGGUGGACGCUCCUCCUCCUUCCACUCCGAUUCGCUUCCACCUUCCACCGCCGCCACCUCCACCUCUCGGAAGAGGUUUUCGGAGUCCGCCUCCGAUUCCAAGAUCCAGUUUACUCUCCAACACGCGUUCGGCGACUCCGAUUUCUCCGACGCUGGCAAUUUCUCUGCUCGCCUCAAGACUUGGAGCCACGGCGGCCAGACGCUGACGAAGCUGCGGUUUAAGCGGGAUCCUUUGACUGACGUUGAGAAGAAGAGUUUUCAAGAAUUGUUGCGAGGAGAUGAUUUCUAUAGGAUUAGAUUGCCGUCCAAUGUUUUGAGUCCUCCUGGCCGGGAAUAUAUAAUUUCUUCUGUGAAGGCAAGAUGUCUUCCAGGGGAUGGAUUGGAGGAGCAUUUUGUAAUACACAUGGAAGGUGUUAAUGUCCUGGCUGUCAAUUAUGGUGCCCCAGGGUCUUGCUCUUAUCCUAGAUUACUGAAGCUUCCUGCAAAGUGGUCUUUCAGGUCUCACACAGUUCUAAAGAACAGUGAACAGGCACCAAGAACUCCAAUAUUUGCUGAAGAUGCUCUUGGUGGAGAGGAGGGAGAUGGCGAGGGUAUAAAGCCAAUAGAGAGGUCCUUUUGGGCUAAAUAUUGGAUGUACCUGAUCCCUCUUGGACUCAUAUUAAUGAAUGCCGUUACUCAAGCUAUGAAUAUGCCCGAAGACCAACCUGGCGGGCAACCUGGUGCUCCAGCACAGCAGCAGCCAGGACCGGCAGUACAGCGUGGACCAAGUUCUGGUCCUGUGCGUAGAAGAUGAUAAGCUAGCUUCCUCUUCCUCGGAAAGCGUUAUUUGAGGACAUUGGCCCUGAAUGAAAUUUUAGGCUGACCCUUUAUGUAGUAUUUUUAAUCAUUUUAAUUGCAUAUUUAAAAGCUUUGUGCCCAUAUGAAAAGAAAUUUAAAUUCGAUUUGCUUGUAAACAUUGAAACAGCAACUUCUUUUAAGUUUUCCGUUUUAGAUUGACUAAUUAUUGUUAUAUAUUGAAAUUUUGACACGAAUGUCACUUUGGUUCCCCUGA